AUGUCCGUCUCCACCAACAACCCGCGCUCUGACGGCCCCGUCGCUGCCACUGUGCAGCCAGUCGCCGCCCUUGUUAUCGCCGCUGCAGCUCUCGCCAUAUCUCCGAAGCAAGAGGAAUCUCCUACGAGCGCCGCAGCAUCCGCAUCUGUUGAACCCACCGAGCAUGACGAGCCCGCCGAGAAAGCAGCCGAAAAGUCUCCCCAGCCCGCCACGAAAGAAACCAAGCCGCACACCGUCCCCCACGACCAGUCCGAGGAGGCGUCCCGGAUCCACUACAUGCGCAACAUGUACCGCAACAGCUACUGGCCUACCUAUCAUGGUUAUGUCCCGUACCAGCUACAGGGCCACAUGUACCUACCAUAUGCCGCACCAGCUACAGGGCUACCUAUCAUAUACGGCACCAGCUACUGGCCUACCUAUCAUGGUGAUGUCCCGUACCAGCUACAGGGCCACAUGUACCUACCAUACACCCCAGCUACAGGGCGACCUAUCAUAUACCGCACCCGCAACAGGGCUAACAAGGACGGAGAAUGA